UCUCUCUCUCUCUCUCUCUUACAAUCUUCUUUGUAGCGGCUAGGGUUUCAGUGCAGCUCUCUCCGAAGAUUCGAUCUUGAAAAAACUCCAUAAUGGGUAAGGAGAAGUUUCACAUCAACAUUGUGGUCAUUGGACAUGUCGAUUCCGGGAAAUCGACCACUACUGGCCAUUUGAUCUACAAGCUUGGAGGUAUUGACAAGCGUGUGAUCGAAAGGUUCGAGAAGGAGGCUGCUGAGAUGAACAAGAGAUCAUUCAAGUACGCUUGGGUGCUUGACAAGCUCAAGGCUGAGCGUGAGCGUGGUAUUACCAUUGACAUCGCCCUGUGGAAGUUCGAGACCAACAAGUACUACUGCACUGUUAUUGAUGCUCCUGGACACCGUGAUUUCAUUAAGAAUAUGAUUACCGGAACUUCCCAAGCUGACUGUGCUGUCCUCAUUAUUGACUCUACAACUGGUGGUUUUGAGGCCGGCAUCUCUAAGGAUGGACAGACUCGUGAGCACGCACUCCUUGCCUUCACUCUUGGUGUCAAGCAAAUGAUUUGCUGCUGCAACAAGAUGGAUGCUACUACCCCAAAGUACUCAAAGGCAAGGUAUGAUGAAAUCGUGAAGGAAGUUUCUUCCUACCUGAAGAAGGUUGGUUACAACCCAGACAAGAUUCCUUUUGUGCCCAUCUCUGGUUUCGAAGGGGAUAACAUGAUUGAGAGAUCCACAAACCUUGACUGGUACAAGGGUCCAACCCUUCUUGAGGCUCUUGACUUGAUCAAUGAGCCUAAGAGGCCCACAGACAAGCCCCUUCGUCUCCCACUCCAGGAUGUCUACAAGAUUGGAGGCAUUGGAACUGUUCCCGUGGGACGUGUGGAAACCGGUGUCCUCAAGCCCGGUAUGGUUGUGACUUUUGGUCCCUCUGGAUUGACCACUGAAGUUAAGUCUGUUGAGAUGCACCACGAGGCUCUCCAGGAGGCUCUUCCUGGUGACAAUGUUGGAUUCAACGUGAAGAAUGUUGCUGUUAAGGAUCUCAAGCGUGGGUUUGUUGCCUCAAACUCUAAGGACGACCCAGCCAAGGAAGCAGCCAACUUCACCUCCCAAGUUAUUAUAAUGAAUCACCCUGGACAGAUUGGAAAUGGUUACGCCCCGGUUCUGGACUGCCACACCUCCCACAUUGCUGUCAAGUUCUCUGAGAUCCUCACCAAGAUUGACAGGCGUUCUGGUAAGGAGCUUGAGAAGGAGCCCAAGUUUUUGAAGAAUGGCGAUGCUGGAUUUGUUAAGAUGAUUCCCACCAAGCCCAUGGUGGUGGAGACUUUCUCAGAGUACCCUCCAUUGGGUCGUUUUGCGGUCAGGGACAUGCGUCAAACUGUGGCUGUCGGUGUCAUCAAGAGUGUGGAGAAGAAGGAUCCUUCUGGGGCCAAGGUUACCAAGUCCGCUGCCAAGAAGGGUGGCAAGUGAAUUGUGCUGUUCAAUUGUGGUGAAAAUGAGUACUGGGUUCUUGUUACUAGUAUUUCAAAUGAAGUCGUAGACGUGUUCUUUGUUGCUUAUACUUACAAGUCUCCGCCGUCAUCUUCUAGCUGUUCGCAGAACUGGGUGCUUGACAGACGGUGGCAUGGCUUUGUGUCGGUCUCUUUUUUUUUUUUUUUAUUCUAUUUUCCUAUCAUUGCUAUCCUUUGUUUCAAGUUGUGUUUCGAUUUUGUUAAGCAGCUAUGGAGUUUUUACUCUCUUCCUAUGCUGCCGGAUGUUUUCUACACUACACAUUUAUAAUUCUAUCUCAUCCUUUGCGUGAGUUUCGUUUAUUGUC